AACACAUAUAACCUUGGCCCAGGUGGGCUCCCCGAUAUCUCAUCAACCCGAGGAUCAACAACCACAGCUGCGCUCCACCAUGGCGCGGUACACCUCGACCCAGAUCGCAGCGGCGACCAAGCCCUCCCUCAUCAACUAUGUCGCAGCCAUCUUCGCUGCUACCGGCUCGUUCCUCUUUGGUUACGACUCUGGUAUCAUCUCGUCGGUCAUCUCGCCGUCGUACACCCACUUCCACUCGUACUUCAACAACCCCUCGGACAGCAUCAUCGGCGCGAUUGUCGCCGUGUUCGGUGGCGGCGCGUUCGUCGGCUCCCUCAUUGCUGGUCAGACUGCCGACUGGAUCGGCCGCAAGCGUACCAUCCAGCUCGGCUGUGUGAUUGCCAUUGUCGGCUGCACCCUCCAGACCGCUGCUGUCAACGCUGCCAUGCUCAUUGUCGGUCGCCUCAUCGCCGGUUGCUCGGUCGGUGUUCUGUCCAUGAUCGUUCCUGUGUACCAAGCUGAGAUCUCGCCCCCUCACGCUCGCGGUCUCCUUUCCGGCUGGACCCAGAUGAUGAUCGCCUGGGGCUUCUUCGCCGCCAACUGGGUCGGCUACGGCACCGGCUUCAUCAACGGUAACGGCCAGUGGCGUAUCCCCCUUGGUAUUCAGCUCGUCCCCGCUGUCCUCCUCCUGGCCGGCAUGUUCGUCCUCCCCUACUCGCCUCGUUGGCUCGCCAAGCAGGGCCGUACCGAAGAGGCUCGCUCCACUCUCAUUCGCCUCCACGGUGGCUCCAAGAACGCCAGCCUGGACAUUGUCGACGCCGAGAUCCAGCAGAUGGUCGAGCAGAUUGAGUGGGAGCGCGAGAACAUGACCACGUCGUACGCCGAGCUCUUCAACUCCAAGCCCAACCUCCACCGUACCCUUUGUGGUAUGCUUGUUCAGGCCAUGACCCAGUGGACCGGAUGCAAUGUCAACAACUACUACGGCACCGUCAUCUACACCGCUCUCGGCUACACUGACAGCAAGACGCUCCUCAUCAACGGUAUCCAGGGAGCCUGGGGUGUCAUCUGCACCUUCAUCUUCAUCACCUUCAUUGUCGACCGCAUCGGCCGUCGCUGGCCCCUUAUCAUCGGUGGCUUCAUGUGCGGUGUCGCCAUGGCCUGGGAGGCCGGUGCGAACGCUCCGUUCGACAAGGCGAAGCGCGCCGGCGAGGUCUACCACAGCACCGGCACCGGCAUCGCUGGCAUCGCCGCCGUCUUCUUCUUCUCUCUCACCUUCUCCUUCUCGUUCGGCCCCGUCAGCUGGAUCUACCAGUCUGAGAUCUUCCCGAUGCACAUGCGCGCUCUUGGAACCUCGGUAUCGGCUGCCACCAACUGGCUCAACAACGUUAUCAUCGGCCAGGUCACCCCCAUCGCCUUCAACAAGAUCGGUUACAAGUAUUUCAUCGUAUUCGCCGUGUGCGGUUUGUCGAACGCGAUCAUCUCGUACUUCCUCUUCCCCGAGACCAAGAACAAGACCCUCGAGGAGAUUGGUCUGCUCUUCGGCGACACCAACGUCCGCGUUGCUCCCGACCAGGUCGACGAGGACAACGAGAAGAAGGCUAUCGAGCACGUUGACCGCGUGUAGAGUAGAUGGUAUAAGGGUACAAGGGUACAAAGGAAUGUGUAGGAAGUAGGGUAGGACAGUCAGCAGA